AUGAAGCUGAACGUCCUUGUCCUCGCCGCCACGGCCUUGGCCGCACCGGCUUCCAAGAUGGUCGUCCACGAGACCAGAGGUGCCAGCCAUGCCGGCUACACAAAGGGCGCUGCCGUCGAGACCAAUACCCGCGUCCCGGUGCGCAUCGCUCUUAAGCAGCGCAACUUGGACAAUGCCAUGGACCUCCUCCUCAAGGUCUCUGACCCCAACUCCCCCGAUUAUGGCAAGCACUACACUGAAGACCAGGUCGUCUCGACCUUUGCUCCCGAGGCUGGGACCGUUGACGCUGUCAAGUCUUGGCUGGUCGCCAACGGCAUCUCUGCCGACUCUAUCAAGCAUAGCCAGAACCAGGGAUGGCUUACCUUUGAAACGACCACUGGUAAGCUCGAGACUCUGCUCGAUGCAAAGUACAACCAGUACAGCCAUCCUACCCGCAAGGGCACCUACAUCGGCACCGACGAGUACAAGCUGCCCAGCACCGUCGCCGACCACGUCGACUUUGUCCAGCCCGCCGUUGCCCUCGCUGCCGCGGGCAAGAUUGAACGCAAGCUUCCCAAAGUCCCGUUCUGGCCGAUCAGCGAGGCUCUUUCCGUCCAGGCCUCCACCUGCCCCAACCACAUUACCCCUGCGUGUCUCCGUUCCAUGUACAACUUUGAGCAGGGCAGCUUGAAGGACGCCUCCAAUGACCUCGGCAUCUUUGAGCAGGCCGGCGAGCAGUACAUUCAGUCUGACCUUAACCAGUUCUACUCAAAGUACGCGAGCCACGUCCCUAGUGGCACUGCUCCCAAGAACGCACCCGUAAACCAGCAGAGCGGCACCCAGGACAGCGGUGAGGCCGACCUCGAUUAUGACAUGGCCGUGCCCAUCAUUCACCCACAGGGAACCGUCAAUUACGAGGUCGGCGCCCCCGACGACGCCCUGUCCUUCUUCGACCCUCUUCUCGAGGCUCUCGACGGCUCCUACUGCAACGACAGUGGCGAGUGCGGCAAGUACAAGUCCACCAACGUCAUCUCCAUCUCCUACGGUAGCGAUGAGGUCGACUUUCCUGCCAGCUAUGCCAAGCGCCAAUGCAAUGAGUGGAUGAAACUUGGUCUUCAGGGUGUUUCUGUCCUCAUUUCCUCUGGAGACUCGGGUGUUGCCAGUCGCGAGCGUGAGUGCUUGGGCAGCAACCAGGACGUCUUCGUUCCCGGUAUCCUUGGCGGCUGCCCGUACAUCACAUCGGUCGGCGCCACUGAGCUCCCCAUCGGAUCCAGCCCCGGUGACGCCGAGACGGCCACCAUGCACAAGUUCUCCUCUGGUGGCGGGUUCAGCAACGUCAAUGCCGCCCCCGACUACCAAAAGUCUGCCCUCGCCACCUACUUCUCCCAGCAUGAUCCCGGUUACAAGUCCUACAACACUACCGACGGCGUCAUCCCGAGCAACGGUGGUAUUUACAACCGCGCUGGCCGUGGCUACCCUGAUGUAUCUGCCAACGGACUGUACGGUGUCGUCGUCGUAAACGGCCGCGAGGGUACCAGCGGCGGAACGUCCCAGUCCGCUCCAAUCUUCGCUGCUCUCAUUAACCGCAUUAUCAAUGAACGCAUCAAGGCCGGCAAGAAGGGCCCUCUGGGUUUCCUUAACCCCACCCUUUACCAGAACCCUAGCGUGUUCAACGACAUUGUUUCUGGCGACCAGCAUCUCGGUGGCCCUCAGGGCGACGAGUCUCCCAGCGAGUGUGCCAAUAAGGGUUUCUCUGCCGUCAAGGGCUGGGACCCUGUCACUGGUCUUGGAACCCCCAACUAUCCCAAGUUGCUCUCUGUCUUGUUGAAGAACUAA